CUUCUCUCUCUCUCUUAUAACGAACCUCGACCUUGUCAUCCUCAUUGCAAUCAUCGUCAUCAUCAUAUAUCCAUUCCCUCGUCGCCAAUUCCCCCCCCCCCCUUCUCAUAACCGUCUUAUCACGAACACAAAGAAAAGAGAGUCCCAUCUCCCCUCAUCGCAUCCCACCAAACCACCACAAACAACUCAACGGAAAAAAACCAAUAUGAAGCUCAACGUUGCCGCCGUCUUGGUCGCUUCCGCUGUCGCUGGACAGGGUGCCAACGCAAAGAUCUUUGGCAAGGAGCCUUCUGCCACUGAUCCAUCAACGUGGUCGGUCGAGCAGGCCAAGGUUUGGUUGUCUGAACACAAGAUCCACGUGCCCGCCGGUACCGAGGACCUUCUCCGAGUCGUCCAGGACAACUUCGAUGCCGUCGCCAAGAAGGGUGCCAGGGCCGUCGGUGCCGGUCAGGCUUACUACGAGGCCUACUCGGACAAGGCGGUCGAUGGAUGGACAGAGUCCCAGUUGAGGGAGUUCUUGUUGGAGCAGGGUGUCGUCAGCCCCAAGGGGACCGUUGAAGAGUUGAGGAUCGCCGCCAAGCAGAAGGCUUCUGCCGUCUCGACCGCCAUGUACGGUCAUCCCACCGCUCAGGCUAGCGCUUCGGCUUCUUCCGUCUUCCACUCGGCUACCGGUGACGUCCAGGCUUCCGCCACCUCGCUCUACAACGAGGCCGUCGCCAGUGCCAACAGCGCUGCCAGCGGUGCCAGUGCCAGCGUCAGCUCUUUGGGAUCGUACGCCAGCGCCAAGGCCCAGCAGACUUUGGACAUUAGCCGGGACUACGUCUGGAGUACUUGGGACGACAACCAGAUCAGAAACUACCUCGAGGAGAAGAACGUCAUCGAGGCCAAGUCGACCCACCCUCGAAACUUCUUGCUUCAAAAAAUGUCCAACGUCUACCACAAGUACUUGAACGACCCUGUCUACCACGGAUGGUCUGACAACUACCUCAAGGGAUGGUUGGUCAACCACGGUGUCCUCCAGCCUCCUACCGACCGAGAGGGCAUGCUCAUGUUGAUGAAGAACAACUACUGGGAGGCCAAGGACAAGGUCUGGAGCUCGUGGACCGACUUCCAGAUGAGGGACUGGUUGGUCUCUGAGGGUAUCAUCUCCAACUCGGCCGCCGACCUCAAGCGUGAAAAGUACGAGUCUCUCUUGACCGACAACUACCACAAGGCCAAGUCGACCGUCUUUUCCGGAUGGCACGAUUCGGAGCUCAGGGACUAUUUGGUCCAGCACGGGCUCGUCAAGUCCGACUAUGCCGCACAGAGGGACGACAUGAUCAAGUUGAUCGGCGACAAGUACCAGGCUUCGACGUCGGCGCCUUACUUGGCUUGGCCCGAUGCGAGGUUGAGGGCUUACUUGCGUGACCACGGAGUUGACGACACCAAGUACGCUACCCGACCUUCGCUCGUUCACGAAGUCAGGAUCCGUUACGUGCAGGCCGGUUCCCGAGUCGAGUCCAUUCUUGCCAAGAUCAGGGAGGCUAUCGGUGGUGGAGUCGACUACGCCGAGGACAAGCUUAGCUCAGUUCUCGAGAUCUUGACCGGUAGCAAGCUCUCGCUCGAGCAGCAGUUGGAAAAGAACUAUGCCUCCGCCUCGGCUUCGGCCUCUUCUCUCGUUUCGGUUGCUAGUGCCAGCGCUAGCAGCCUCGGUGCCAACGCCGUCAACUCGGCCGCUGCCCUCUCUCACUCUGCCAUCAACUCGGCUUCUUCCGCCUCUGCCAGCGCUUCGUCCGCCGCCGCUUCGGUUUCGUCGAGCCUCUCGGUCGAGGCCAGCAAGGCCAGCGUCAUCGCUUCCAAAUCCGGAAGCCCCAGUGCCAGCUCUGCCGCUAGCGUCGCCUCCAAGUCGGCCUCGUCCGCUGCCGUCUACAUGAGCUCGUCCGCCGCCAGCGUCGCUUCCGAGGCUUCCAAGUCGGCUUCCGCCUACGCCGUCUCGGCAUCCAAGUCGGCCUCGAGCGUCUCUUCCAGCUUGUCCGUCUCGGCCGUCAGCGCUUCCAAGGAAGCCGCCAAGACUGCCAGCAGCGUCUCGGCUAGCUUGAGCAGCGCUUACCACAGGGCCAGCCUCUCGGCUGCUUCCGUCAGCUCGGUCGCUUCCGCUUCGGCCUACUCUGCUAGCUCGGUCGCCUCUGCCUCGGCUGCCAGCGCCAGCAAGAGCGCCAGCUCUUACUCUGCGUCUUUGGCCAAGGAGUCUGCUCGAGCUUCCCAGUCCGUCAAGGCCGAGCUCUAGAUUGCCAAUCGCAGGAUGCCCCCCGUCGCAGGAUUGUGAUUGACGAACCGUCUCGACCGAGAGAUGUACGAAGGUUUCGUCUUGUUUUACCGCUCGCUUUCGACUUGUUGUGCCGUGUGCUUCGUAGAUUCUAUAGUAGAAUGCCGCCUUGGGGGCAUAUAAUAUCGAAAAUUGCUAUUCCUUCCACUUGAUUGCCCC